AAGAAAGAAAGAAAGAAAGAAAGAAAGAUUACGCGCGAUACGCGUGCAUCGAAACGAAAGGGAACACGCAUCCCGUUCGAGGAUAUUUGGAUUAAAGAACGUUCUAUGAGAGCGAGGGCAUAGGACGAGCAUGUCUUGGCAAAAAGACUAUCUUUCUGUGGGACUAAUCGGUGUCCUUCUAUUACUGACGUACGCUGACAACAGCGUACACAUAUCGUCGAAGUACGGUCAACUCGUUACUUCGAGUACUUUGAAUUGGCUCCCACGUGCGCAUUAUGAUUCUUCGAAGCAGAUCGUGGUCGGUGGUUUUCAGAUUCCUCGUGAAACCGAAGAGGAUCCAAUGGCGUCUAAUAGUGCGCCUCUGAAUAGACCGAACCCGUUCAAAAGGCCGUUACACGUAUGCCGUGCAUUGCACAAUGGUGUGUGGGUAUCCGGAACUCAAUUGGGAGAUGAAAAACGUUGCACAGUAUCGAUACACGGUAACGUUCGUUCGUACGAGAAAUACGAUCUCCUUGAAAACGUUGACAAUGCAGCAAGAGUUAGCUGGCGACAUUGGGACAUAUAUACUCCGUUACCCGUGGGAGCUGUAGCCACGGACAAAAUGUAUGUUGCAAGGUACGAGGUAUCCAAUAAUGAGGCAAAUCCAAAAUUGCCCUAUACUUAUACCCAUUACAUAGGAACCAUGAAUAUGAAUGGUAAUUUCGGCACAAUCUUCUACGUUAAAGACAAUGGUAUUGAAAAUACAGCGAAAUUUUGCGAAGUCCUUGUCGAGACCGAACCGAUAUAUUACGAACUUAGCGGUGUCAGAUUGAACUGGUCGAAAAAACGAGUGAUAAAACGUACACAACGCUUGCUCUGGACAGGUACGCUGAAAAACGAUGCCGAGAAAGGUUCGAAACUGGCAGAAGCUGUUGCGUACUCGUAUAACUACUCGAUGUACUGGGGUCAGGGUCAUGCUAUUUUAAAGGGUUUAAAUACUUCGAUUUUGUUAUAUAAUGGAACGAAUUUACCUCAUAUCAUUUGGGGUAUCGAGGAAAGGGAGUCUCGUACCGAAGUGCAAGAGAUAAAAAUCUAUUUGGAACCUGGUACUGGCGUAAAUGUCACUCUAAAAGCUAACUAUACCGACAUGGAAGUUCCAUAUACCGGAGAACUGGUUUCUCAUUACGAGGACAAGGUCACUACAUCAAGAGUGAUCAAUGGCAUUCGUAGGGAGGAAACCUUGCUCGACAUUAAGCCAGAAUUCGGACCUAUCUAUUUCCUGAAAGAUUAUAGUCUAGCUCCUACGACUACACCACCGCCUGUCGUUACAGAACCUACUACCACAACUAUCAAAGUCACUUACGACGAGGCCAAAGAAAUUAGACAGCCUAAGAUGGAUGAUUCAGGAUUAGAUGAGAACAUGAUCGUUGUACCUAAGACAUCGGACACAUCGAACAUGCAAGGCGACGAUGGAGGUCCGUUGUCCCUUCAAAAUAAAAUCGAAACAGUAUACUCCGGUGUGUCCUCGCUAGAAAUGUCCUGUUCAUUGAUUUUAUCUCUAACGACGAUCGUCAUCAAUAGGAUCGCGUGAACAUUCGUAAUAUGAAUCUCUUUAAAUUAAGAUAAAAAAAGAAAAAAAAGUAAAUAAAUAAAUAAAUAAAUAAAAUAAAAUAAAAUAAAAUAAAAAAAUAACAUAAUAGUAAUAUAUUAUAUGUAGAA